GUUACCGCCACUCUCGUCCUUCCGCCGCACGCUGCCCCCUCGUUCUCGACGCCGCGAUGGACAAGCCAUCGUCGCCACUGCCGGGAAACACGAUCAAGAAGCAGCGAAAAGAUAAGAAGAAGGCGAAGCCUCCGAGGAGAGGAGAAGGUCCAGAGUCGGACCAGCUGGACUCGCUCCCUUGGAACGGGUCCCUCGCUGCCGAUGACUCCUUCUUGCUCCUUGGUGAAAGCAGCGAAGGAGGGUUUCUUUCUUUGGAGGAGAUAGACGAGUCGGAGUACGGGUUCAUUGGCGGGAUUCCGGAUCUCGAAGCUGGAAAUAAGAAGAAGAAGAAGAAGCUGUACUCCGACUUGAAGUCGAAGAAGAGGAAGCGAGGGGAAGAGAAUGGAGGGUCCGAUGGUUCUUGUGUUGUUGAUGCCGAUGAAGGUGAGGAAGAGGCUAAAAACAAAACGAAGAAGAAGAAGAAGAGUAGAAGGAAGAAGAGGAAGGGAGUUUCAGAUGAAAGUGGGGAGCCGAAGGGAGAAUCCACGGUGGAGGGAAGAGACAAAAAUAAGCAUCACAAUAACUUUGUUGGUGAUGAUGGUAAUGAAAAUUUGAUUCUGGAUGAGGAUGAAGUUUAUGCAUGGAAAGAGUUGAGGCUUCAUCCCCUUCUUGUCAAGUCAAUUCGUCAGCUUGGUUUCAAGGAACCCACCCCAAUACAAAAAGCCUGUAUUCCUGCUGCUGCCCAUCAAGGAAAGGAUGUCAUAGGUGCAGCAGAGACAGGUUCCGGGAAAACACUUGCCUUCGCACUACCUAUUUUGCAGCGCCUCCUCGAAGAAAGAGAGAAAGAAGGUAGAUUGAUCCAUGAAAAUAGAAAUUCAGAUGAGAAAGUUUUCAGUGGAGGUCCUCUUCGAGCACUAAUUAUCACUCCUACAAGGGAACUUGCAUUACAGGUUUCUGAUCAUCUGAAGGGAGGAGCAAAAUUUCUUGAUAUUCAAGUAGUCCCUAUUGUUGGUGGAAUGUCCACAGAAAAACAGGAAAGGCUUCUAAAAAGGAGGCCAGAGAUUGUUGUUGGAACUCCAGGACGCUUAUGGGAGCUUAUGUCAGCUGGAGAGCAACACCUCGUGGAGCUGCACUCAUUGUCCUUUUUCGUGCUUGAUGAGGCUGAUAGGAUGAUAGAGAGUGGCCAUUUUCAUGAGUUGCAAUCUAUCAUUGACAUGUUACCAAUGACAAAUGGAUCCAUGGAGCAAAAUUCAAAACCUACUGCAAUAUGCAAAACCAUUCCAACUUUACAGCGAAAGAAAAGACAGACAUUUGUGUUCUCUGCCACAAUAACCUUAUCUGAUAAUUUUCGCAGAAAACUCAAGAGAGGAUUGUCUAGUUCAAGACCAUCAGUGUCAGAUGGGCUAAGUUCUAUAGAAACACUUUCAGAGAGAGCUGGAAUAAGACCUGACGUUGCAAUAGUCGAUUUGACAAAUGCUGCAAUUUUGGCUCAUAAACUUGAAGAAUCAUUCCUCGAAUGCGAAGAAGAAGUUAAAGAGGCCUAUCUAUAUUAUAUAUUAAGUGUUCAUGGCCAAGGUCGCACUAUUAUUUUCUGUACAUCGAUUGCAGCUGUACGACGCAUUUCUUCCAUAUUGCGGAUUCUUGGCAUCAAUGCUUUGACCCUUCAUGCUCAAAUGCAACAAAGAGCCCGUUUGAAGGCAAUUGAUCGUUUUCGUGGAAAUGAGCAUAGUGUUUUAAUUGCUACUGAUGUUGCUGCACGAGGCCUUGAUAUUCCUGGCAUCCGAACUGUUGUUCAUUUUCAAUUGCCACAUUCUGCAGAGGUUUAUAUUCACAGAAGUGGAAGAACAGCACGUGCUUCUGCAGAUGGCUGCUGUAUUGCAUUGAUAUCACCUAGUGAUAAAACUAAAUUUUUUGCCUUGUGCAAGUCAUUGUCUAAGGAAAGCCUUCGACAAUUUCCUGUAGAUGAUUCUUAUAUGCCUGAAAUAUUGAAGCGGUUAUCUCUUGCCCGUCAAAUUGACAAGAUUCUGCGGAAAAAUUCCCAGGAAAAUGUCAAUAAGAGUUGGUUAAUGCGAAAUGCUGAGUCUUUGGGCUUGGAAGUGGUGGAGAGUGCCAGUGAAGAAGAUGUAGUAAAUGGAUAUAAGCAGAAGAAAAUUAGUUCCCUUCAAUUAAAGAAGCUGCAGCAGGAGUUGAAUGACCACUUAAAACAACCAUUCCAACCAAAAACAUUCUCACGUCGCUUUCUGGCUGGUGCCGGUGUUUCUCCUCUCGUUCAGCAGCAACUUGAACAGUUAUCGAAGAUGAACACUGUUGAUGCUAACAACUCUAGUAAGAGGGCUGGUUUUGUGGUUAUUGGUCAGGAUUUUGUUGAACCACUUCAGGCUCUUCGCAGUUCUGGUCAUGAGGUUUGUGUUAAUGUAGACAAAAAGAGAGAAACGCGAAGGCAGGCUGAAACCUGGAAGCGUAAAAAGAGGGAUGAAAAAAGGCGUCAGCGUGAGAAACAGAGAAAAGAUAGAAAAAAGGCGAGAGAGGGUAUCAACUAGCGUAUCUUAUUGGCGAGUACUUGAUCAAUUAAUAUCUUGCCCUAAAGAUUACAUGUACUGUUUACUUUGCCACAUUUCAUAUUUGAAUUCAUCCUUGAAGCAAACGGCUUCAGAUUAAGUAUUCACGGAGGAAAUGAGAUGGACAUUAAACACUAAUAAAAACAAGGUGUCUCAGUAGCAUCAUGGAGUUCGAUCUGCACUUUCAGUUUGGAGCUCAGAGAUCAAAGUCUUAACGGAAGUUGUACCGUGCAACUUUUGGCAUUGAUCGCCAAGUCUAGUCAGAAAAUUUUGAUUUGAGGUUUGUUUGGUGAAAAUUUUGGCACUUUGUUCAUGAUAUUUGUUGAUUUGGUUUCUGUACCUGUGCGCAUUAGCCUUCUCGUAUCUGUUUAUUUCCCUUGCGCUUAACUGUCACCAGUUCCACCACCUCCAAGAAUACUAUGAUAUCAGUCGGAACAUCAAUAUCAUAAUAUCUGUUGUAUUAUUUCUCAACGGUUUUGGAAGAACAUCAAUCCAAAUCUAA